CCUUGUCUUCUUUAUGAACUUUGUCCUGCUGCUGCCUUUUUUUUUGGCCGUGCUACAUGGCUUCUGGGAUUUUGGUUCCCCGACCAUGGGUCAUACCCGGGCCCUCGCAGUGAGAGCGCAGAGUCCCAACCACUGGACCUCCAGGGAAUUUCCUGUCCUGCUGCUACUUUAGAUCUUACAGUUAUUCUGUAGUUCCACUGAGCAAACUUAUUUUUUAAAAGUUUUCUUUUAUUAAUAUUGGGCUGGUGGAUUUUUAUUUAACCCACGUGCUUUAUAUCUUCCAGAUAUUCUUCAGCAUUGUGAUCACCUCAGCUUUUUAGCUUUCCUGAUGGCACAAAUUUAUCCUUUUUAUUGUCGUUUCUUCUAUUGUUUCUUCUGUGACAUUUCUGAAGGAAGUCAAGGGAAGGAAGAGAAGCUGAAUAGUAGAUUGAAAAGAAAGGAUUUCAAGUUGUUGAAAUGAGCAGUCGUAAAUCAAAGAGUAACAACUUAAUACAAGCAGAAUACCUUUCACAGGUACAAAGAAUUUUACGUGAAAGAUUCUGUCAUCAGAGUCCACAUAGUAACCUGUUUGGAGUACAAGUACAAUAUAAACACUUAAUUGAGCUGCUAAAAAGAACUGCUAUUCAUGGGGAAAGUAACUCUGUUCUCAUUAUUGGGCCCCGAGGAUCAGGAAAGACCAUGUUAAUAAACCAUGCUUUGAAAGAACUAAUGGAAGUUGAAGAAGUGAGUGAAAAUGUAUUACAAGUUCACUUAAAUGGACUGCUACAGAUCAAUGAUAAAAUUGCCCUAAAGGAAAUCACAAGGCAGUUAAAUCUGGAAAAUGUAGUUGGAGAUAAAGUUUUUGGAAGUUUUGCUGAAAACCUUUCAUUUCUUCUGGAAGCUUUAAAAAAAGGUGACCGGACUAGUAGCUGCCCAGUGAUCUUCAUAUUAGAUGAAUUUGAUCUUUUUGCUCAUCACAAAAACCAAACACUCCUCUAUAAUCUUUUUGACAUUUCUCAGUCUGCACAGACUCCAGUAGCAGUUAUUGGUCUUACGUGCAGAUUGGAUAUUUUGGAACUCUUAGAAAAAAGAGUGAAGUCGCGAUUUUCUCACCGGCAGAUACACUUAAUGAAUUCAUUUGGUUUUCCACAGUAUCUUAAAAUAUUUAAAGAACAGUUAUCUCUACCUGCAGUAUUUCCAGACAAGAUUUUUGCUGAGAAGUGGAAUGAGAAUAUUCAGAGUCUCUCAGAAGAUAGAAGUGUGCAAGAAGUGCUGCAGAAGCAUUUCAAUGUCAGCAAAAACCUGCGGUCAUUACACAUGCUACUGAUGCUUGCUUUAAAUCGUGUAACACCAGCACACCCAUUUAUGACUGCAGCAGAUCUGAUGGAGGCAAACCAGCUGUGUAGCAUGGACUCCAAAGCAAACAUUGUACAUGGUCUUUCAGUCUUAGAAAUCUGUCUUAUCAUAGCAAUGAAACAUUUAAAUGACAUCUAUGAAGAGGAGCCCUUUAAUUUUCAAAUGGUUUAUAAUGAGUUUCAGAAGUUUGUUCAAAGGAAGGCCCAUUCUGUUUAUAAUUUUGAGAAACCUGUUGUCAUGAAGGCUUUUGAACAUUUACAACAAUUAGAAUUAAUAAGGCCCAUGGAAAGAACAUCAGUAAAUGCACAGAGGGAGUACCAGCUGAUGAAACUACUUUUGGAUAAUACGCAAAUUAUGAAUGCUUUGCAGAAAUACCCUAACUGUCCUACAGAUGUUAGGCAGUGGGCAACAUCCUCCCUGAGCUGGUUAUGAAUAUAACCAUGCUUCAGUUAUGGAGUUUCAGGCAUACUUCUCUAAAGAACUAAAAGCUGUUGUCCUUUAACAAGAUAUGUUAAUACAUUUUCUUAUAUUUAUAAAGAUGUAUUUUUGUAUUUAUGGAGACUGUUACACAUGUAGUAUCAUGGCUGUGCCUUGCCUUUGAAUCAUGAGCAGUUACAUGAUUUAUAAUUCUAGUGAUUUAGGUUAUGUUGUAAGUAGCUGUUCAAAAAAAUAAAUAUGACUAUUUUAGGGAUUGAACCAUAUGCUUAUUUAACACUUGUGAAGUAUUUAUGUGGUACAUUUGAGUUCAUUUCAACCCAGCAGCCAGAUGUUUUUACAAACCUUAAACAAAGCAGUAAAGAAACAAUGGUACGAGU